AUGACGACGGAUGAUCAACAACAGCAUGGUUCUACGAGCCAGGGAGACAAUCCCACAAUACAACAGCUGCUAGAGACAAUUCGAAAGAUGCAAGAUGACAUGAGUUCCCAACAAGAAGCCUGGAAAGUCGAGAGAGAGACGCUACAGAAGGAGCUUACCACGGCCAGAUCAAAGUCCAAUCCUACGUCAAAGGGAGUACUGAACAGUGUGGCUAGGCGUCUGAACAUGGACGACGAGGAGGAAGAGGAAUGCGACGAAGAAAUAGAAGUGGAGAAUCCUGAGAAGGAGGAUGCGAACAUUAACAACAACGAUGAAAGAAAUGACGCCUCUGGAGGACAAAGGAGAAGUGAUGAACGUAACAAGGGAGAUAGGAAGAAAAAGAAAAAGGAGAAGAAAUCCACUAAGUCACGAAGCCAUGACACAAUGCGGAAGGAGCUGCAGGCUCUCAAGGAAAUGGUACAACGCAUCCCGGGCGUGCCUAAGCCCCUGGAAAAGGCCACGCCCCUGAGCUACGCAGACUCACCCUUUUGUGACAGCAUAGCCAUGGUGGAGACCCCGAAGCGCUUUGCAGUACCAGCCAUGAAAGCCUACGACGGCACGACAGACCCACAAGAACACGUAGCUCAGUACAAGCAAAGAAUGUUCACAGUACCCAUUACGAAAGAACUCAGAGAAGCAUGCAUGUGCAAAGGCUUCGGCUCAACCCUUACUGGACCAGCUCUGCAAUGGUACGUGAGCCUGCCCAAUGGGAGCAUCGGAACGUUUGCUGACCUUGUGGACGCAUUCAACCUUCAAUUUGCAAGCAGCCGGGUGUUUGAGAAGACUACAAGUGACCUGUACAAGAUCACUCAGAGAUAUAGGGAACCACUCCGAGAGUACCUGACCAGAUUCAACCGAGAGAAAGUGACUAUCACCAACUGUGACAUCCCAACAGCUAUAGAAGCCUUCAGAAGGGGCUUGGAACGAGACUCCCCACUCUACGAUGAAUUGACAAAGUACCCCUGCAAGACUCUAGAUGACGUUCAGGCCAAGGCUAUGGCUCAAGUACGGUUAGAAGAGGAUAAAAGGGAUCAUGAUGAGAAGUAUUACCGGCCAAAUAGGAAGAUCUUGACAACCAAAACCAGGGAUUACAAGCCGUAUUCAAGAGAUGCUAGAGACAUGAAGGAGGAACCACGUGUUAACUCGACCCAAGAACAGGUGGAUUGGAGGAAGGAUCCCAACCUCCCCCCAACAUAUGACAGCUACGGAUUUACAAUAACUCCAGCAGAGAUGAUGAGGGAAUUCACCAAGAUGGGAGAUGCAGUCAAGUGGCCUGUCAAGAGCAACAAACCAAAAGCCAAUCCCGAGUCAAAACUGUGGUGUGACUUUCAUGGCGACUACGGGCACAAGGCUUCAGACUGUGUCGCACUACGACGUGAACUACAAUACCUGGUUCGGAAAGGCUACCUAACAGAAUUCAUGGCUGGCAAAACGCCAAGUAUCGCUCGAGAUUCCCCACACAAGACCCCUUCAAGACAACUGCCACCUCCACCUUAUCAGAAGAUAAUCAACUUCAUAGCCGGGGGAAGUGAGAUAAGUGGAACUACAUAUUCACAGGCCAAACGUAUAGCCAGGGGGAAGGGCCCUCAAGUAUCAGCGGUUGCCGAGAGAGACGACACGACACCUGCACUUGUCUUUGGCGACCCUGACAGACAACAUGUAAUGGAACCUCAACAUGACAGCCUAGUAAUAUCGCUACCCGUCGGGAACUGCUUCAUCAAGCGGAUCAUGGUAGAUAACGGCAGUGCUGCAAACAUCAUGAUGAAAGACACAUUGCGACAAAUGGCCUUAGAGGACAGUGACAUGAUCAAGAAGCCAACUACUUUGGUGGGAUUCAGUGGCGAAACCAAGAGGACUAUUGGAGAAAUUACACUACCUACGUAUGUCAAGGGUGUCAACAUAUUGACAAAGUUCUUGGUAAUAGACUGUGACUCGACAUACAACAUAAUCAUGGGUAGACCAUGGAUUCAUGAUCUGAAAGCCGUACCCUCCACUUUCCAUCAAGUCCUCAAAUUCCCGACGCCCUGGGGUGUUCAAGAAAUACGAGGAGAACAGAACAUGGCAAGAGAAUGUUACAAAACAUGUAUGAAGCCUACAGCCCAACCUGACAGCAUGCAAGACGUAAAGAUGCCCGUAACAGGACCAGAAAAGCUGGCAGAAGUAGACCUAGCAGCUGGAGACAAGAAGGUUCUUGUGGGAGAUGACUUGACACCCACAUUGGAGGCGAACCUAGUCGAAUUCCUCACAACACGACUGGACGCCUUCGCGUGGGAUCAUGGAGACAUUACGGGAAUCAGCCCAGAUGUCAUCACACAUAAGUUGAACGUGAAUCCAGAUUUCAAACCUAUACAGCAGAAGAGAAGAAAGUUUGCAGCUGAAAGAAACAAGAUCGUCAAUGAAGAAGUGUCGCGUCUACUAAAGGCAGGAAUGAUCAAGGAAGUUAAAUAUCCAGAGUGGCUCGCCAAUGUGGUCAUAGUGCAAAAGAAAAACGGCAAGUGGAGAGUCUGCGUGGACUACACUGAUUUGAACAAAGCAUGUCCAAAAGAUCCCUUCCCAUUGCCCCACAUCGACACGAUGGUAGACUCCACGGCUGGACAUGAAUUGUUGACGUUUCUGGACGCUUCGAGCGGAUUCAAUCAGAUUCAGAUGGAACCUAGUGAUGCCGAAAAAACAGCCUUCAUUACAGAAAGAGGCAUAUACUGCUACUUAGCCAUGCCAUUUGGCCUACGCAAUGCAAGUGCUACCUUUCAAAGACUUGUCAACAAAAUGUUCAAACAGCAAAUUGGACGCACGAUGGAGGUGUACAUCGACGACAUGGUUGUCAAAUCAAAGCGAGCAGAAGAUCAUGUCAGAGACCUAGAGGAAGCAUUCGACAUACUCCGAGAAUUCAACAUGAAGUUAAAUCCCAGCAAAUGCAAUUUUGCUGUCUCCUCUGGGAAAUUCUUGGGACAUAUGGUGACAAGGAGAGGAAUUGAAGCUAGCCCUGAGCAGGUGAAAGCAAUAUUUGACCUGACAAGCCCAUCCAACGUGAAGGAAGUCCAAAAACUGACAGGGAGAGUGGCUGCCCUGAACAGAUUCAUCUCACGAUCAUCUGACAGGUGCAGAAUGUUUUACGACGUGUUGAGGAAGAAUAAAGGUUUUGAAUGGACGCCUGAGCAUGAAGAAGCACUCAUGGCCUUGAAAAAAUACCUUACCACACCUCCACUUCUUGCCAAGCCUGUACCAGGAGAAGAGCUUUACCUUUAUCUUUCUGUCACGGAACAUGCCGUCAGCAGUGUACUUGUGAAGCAGGUGGACAACACACAAUUUCCAGUAUAUUAUGUCAGCAAGAGCCUGAUUGACACGGAGACACGAUACACGCCUUUGGAGAAGCUAAUCUUGGCCCUCGCCAUGACGUCGACAAAACUAAGACACUACUUUGAGACACACAAAAUCCGAGUAAUGACUAACUUCCCCUUGAGGAUGGUGUUGAGCAAACCGGACAUGACGGGACGAAUGGCAAAGUGGUCCAUCCGCCUGAGCACUUACGACAUCGUCUAUGAACCUCGGACUGCUAUAAAAUCACAGGCACUAGCUGAUUUUGUGGCUGAUUUCAGCCCGAGUCUCAUAACACAAGCGGAGGCAGAGUGUCAACAGUUGAUGACAACACAAGACCAAGGGCCUUGGAUCUUGCACACGGACGGGGCAUCCAACGUGAAUGGCACAGGGCUGGGACUCGUCCUCAAAUCGCCACAGGGGGACAUCAUGCCAUAUGCGAUAUCUUGUGAGUUCAAGGCAACAAACAACGAGGCUGAAUACGAGGCGCUGAUUAUGGGACUAACCAUCGCGAAAGACCUAAAGGUUAAACAUAUCAAUGUCAACUGUGAUUCUCUUCUGAUCGUUAAUCACGUAAAUGGCUCUUACGAAGCUAAAGACGCCAAAAUGUCAUUAUACCUUAACACUGUAAAACAAUUACAACACUCAUUUGACAUAUUCAACAUUCAACAGGUGCCCAGAGAACUCAACACGCAGGCUGACGCCCUGGCAGGACUAGGAGCCGUCAUGAAAAACAACAACAUUCUCAACAUCCCAAUCGUUCACGUCCUGAAACCAGCCAACGAAAGGACGGAGGACCAGACAGCAACCCACAUCUUGGACAUAGAGGAAACAUGCUGUGACAAAGACAAAUGGAUCCAGGUGUAUAAGGAUUACCUCCAACUAGGAAAUCAACCCACCGAUCGCAAUGAAGCCAGAACGCUCCGCAUGAAAGUUUCAAGAUUCAUCAUGAUCGAUGAGGUCCUGUUCAAGAAAUCAGCAUCUGGACUCCUGCAGAGAUGCCUCACAAGUAAAGAAGCGGAAGUGGUCUUACAAGACCUUCAUGAAGGAGAAUGCGGAAAUCACACAGGGGGAAGAAACUUGUCACUCAAGGUGCUAAGAACGGGAUACUACUGGCCGACAGUAAAACAAGACGCGGUGGACUUCGUCAGCAAGUGUGACGCUUGCCAACGUCAUGCACCUGUCCUCCACCAGCCGUCAGAACAUCUACACACCUCCAUACCAUCAUGGCCCUUCAUGAAGUGGGGAAUGGACAUCGUGGGUAAAUUGCCACCAGCACCAGGACAAAAGGUGUUCAUGCUUGCCAUGACUGACUACUUCUCCAAGUGGGUGGAGGCAGAAGCCUACAGACAAGUGACAUCCAAAGAAGUCAUCUCUUUCAUCAAAAGGAACAUCCUCUGCAAGUUUGGGAUCCCGUCAGAGAUCGUGUGCGACAAUGGGUCUCAAUUUAUAAGUGAAAAAACUGAAACAUUCUGCAAAAGAUACAACAUAAACCUAGUAAAGUCUACACCUAGAUACCCACAAGCAAACGGUCAAGCUGAGUCCAGCAACAAAAUCAUCAUCAACAACUUGAAGAAAAGGUUGACGUCUUGCAAGGGAAGAUGGGCUGAAGAGUUACCAUGGGUCUUAUGGGCUGACAGGACAACACCGAAAAUCUCUACUGGCCAGACACCUUUUAGCUUGGUUUAUGGAACGGAAGCCGUCAUACCAACAGAAGUAAUGAUGCCAACGGCGAGAUAUGGAUUACUGUCUCAAGAAGCAAACGCGACGGAACUAAUCCAUGACCUGGACACAGUAGACGAACUCCGAGAAAUGACCAAGAUACGUCUGGCUGCCUACCAACAGCAAGUGGCCAAGUCUUACAACAAACACGUCCAUGUGCGUGCAUUCAAAGUGGGUGACAUGGUCCUAAGAAAGACGUUCCAGAACACGACAGAUCCAACCGCGGGAAAGUUUGCUGACACGUGGGAAGGCCCAUACCUGAUUGAUGCUAUUGUUGGACAAGGGGCUUACCGACUCUCGACGCUUGGGGGAGAACAAAUUCCCAGGAGUUGGAAUGCCUUACAUCUCAAAAGUUAUCACGUGUAAU